CUAAGGGAGGUAAAUAUUACUGCAGUGUAUCUUAUAGAACUGGAGUUUGUCUUAGAAUCUGUCCUUAAUGCCAUAGAAGGACAGGAAUAGAAAGAAGCAAGUCUACUGGACGACUCCCACUGGAGACUGAGAAUGAUGUUGGAGAACAUGACACAAUGAUCUGUCUCUGUUUCAGGAAGGCAAAAUGGCAGCCGCAGUCAUGGACAAAGAUUUUAAACUGGUCACCCCUGAUCAUCUUGUGUGGGCUUCUCUUGGUGAGGAUGUCACUCUGCCCUGUCACCUCUCUCCUGAAACCAGUGCUGUUGCCAUGGAGAUCAGGUGGUUUAAUGGGACAGACUGUAUCUACCUGUAUAAGAAUGGCCAUGUGACAGAGGGGAGGGACUAUGAGGGCAGAGUGAGUGUGAACACCCAGGAGCUGCAGAGAGGAGACGUGUCUCUGAGACUGAGGAAGAGAAGAGAGGAAGAUGGAGGAGUGCAAACAUGCCAGGUCAUCAGUGGAGAACACAAGGAGGAGGGAAGAGUCGGGGUGCCACGUAAGUCUCCUGUUCCUCUGCUGUAAAGAGCUCAGUGCUGUCAUUCAUGUCACAAACUAAACCUGCUCACACUUACACUCUCUAACCUGAUUACACUUUCAUACU